GCUGAACACAGUCGUGAAAUGCAAGCCGCAGAGUCGAACGCAGUCGUGCCUCUUCGCGCGCGUGAACGGAAUUGAUUGUUCGGUUUUGGGUCUUGUCUUUCGAUAUUCUCGCCCCUACACAUACUCCAUCGCCUCAGUGCAGUGCUACGGACGAUCGGGUACGGUUCACCAAAACAAAAAUUAUAAAACGGAAGUGAAGACAUCACCUGAGGGACAGAUCACAGUGAAAGAUCUUAUUGUACGUAGAUAACAAACCCACAGUUGCUUUUGCUGCAAAAAUUUUGAACGCAAACGCAUUAACCUGCCAAGUGUCACCCUCCCGGAGCGUUUAACCAGUGCGAUCUCCUCCCGAUUUCGUUCAAUUUGUAGUGUCGGCAGCGCGUAACGAGAAACGGCGAAUUCCUAUCCGAUUUGCGGGCACCGUGCAAUCGUUGCGAAUUUUCGGGCUCGGUGUUGGUGUGUUUGUGAUACAGAAGUGCAGGAGGGAUAAGAUAGAGAGGAAAACAAAACGGCCCCUCAAACAGGCAACAGCAGUUGCCUACAGAAAAGUGCAAGCUUUCCCCCAGGCACGACGCUCGAAACGGCGGGCGCGCACACCAUUAGAGAAGGAGAGCCCCCCGCCCCCUCGCUUGCAGGGCGAUUAGAGAGAAGAAAGCAAAAAAAAAACCUCCCCAUCCGCAAGAGCAAUAGUGCACAGGUGUGUCCGUGUGUGUGUGUGCGCACACUUUUUUCUUUCUUCAAUUGUUGAAAGGGAAAUUAGUGAAAACGCGGUGUACCCUCGCGUGAACGUGAAGUGUUGUGUGUGUGUGCAGUAAAGAGGGAAACAAAGGGAAGGGGAAGCAAACAGAAGUGCGAGGGCGUGUGUGCGAGGGAGCGCGGGAGUUUGCCCAAACCUUUUGCCGCUUUUGGUUUGAAUUAAUUUGAAUUAAAACGGUAGCGAAACGGUGUGAAUAGUGCGAAAAAAACCGAAGCAACCGAAGCUUUGACGUGCUCACGUGUGUGCGUGUGUGUGGUUGUUUUCUUUCUUUUUUAUUGCUUUCUUUGCUGCAAGUCAGUGUUAAACCGAAGCAGGCUGUGUGCACCGAAGAAUCUCGCAAACACUUUGACAUUUCGUUCCAAUUUUUUUUUGCUUUGGAGGACACUGAGGACACACACGCACCGAGGAGAAAGGGAAGUUUAUUGUUUGUUUUCUGUGCGGGCGAAUAGUUUGGCCGUUUGGUGGAAAUUUGCUGAACCAAACGCAAAGGAAGAAGUCUUUCCCACGGAUCGACGCCGGUGAAAAAUCCCAAGCAAAUAAACGGUGGUCAGUGUCGAAGGCUAACGUCGAGGACCGAGUACCGAAGACUGUAAGCUUUCAAGUGCUUCCAGCACCGGACACACCGGAUUCGACGGGCCGACCGACGAGACACGAAGAUGGGCCCGACAGAUAAGCUAACCACCGCUGACCGACGCCACCACCACCACCGCACGAUGACCGCACCGCCGCCAGCUCGCUGGGCACUGGGCGGCGUAACGAUGUGUCUAUUGCUUCUCACAGCGUCCGUCGUACAGACAGGACCUGUGAUCCGAUCGCGACGCAUGAUCCGCGAGAUUUAUGUCGAAAACUCGGCCGCAUCCCCAGCGGCACCAGAAACCGUCCCGGCCGAGAUGCCUAGCAGCACCGCCAGCAACGCAACGGCAAGUGACAUGUGCCUGUACGAUGGUUCCUACAUUGAGCGAUCGGCGAUAGCGUGCGAGAAGAAGCACGGUUGCCGUGCGAUACAGAAGACGGGCGAAUGCUGCCCCGACUACCAGUGUGAGUGUCAACGCGACGGCAAAACGUACGCGAACGGUGAGAAAGUCUUUGAUCCGAACACGCCUUGCCGUGCCUGCUACUGCCAAGGAGGUGAAAUUACUUGCAGUGAAGUGAGCUGCUACAAACGCAACGACUGUGAUCCGAAGUACAUCCCCGGACGAUGCUGUCCAGAGUACGACAACUGUCCCCCACUAGAAAACUUCAAAAUCACAGACUCGAACGCAAAGGAUACCGCACACAACGAACGACACGACGAGGAAACGAACGAAGUGAAGGGAAACUAUGCUGCCGAGGCCGAGGACCUGACAGGAUCCGGACUUCAAAAGCAACAGCCAACGACGGCAACGCCAACAACGCCACCACCGCCCACCGUUACACCGUCGAUGCCGAACGAUAAUCCGCUCGGUAUCAAGAUCAAAGAAAUCACCAAAGCGGAAGAGAUUCGUCUGACCGACAAUCGUCCUAGUGCGGAAGAGCAGCAGCAACAGCAGCAACAACAGCAACAGCAGCAACAGCAACAAUUGUUGGCUAGUCGCGAAACAACUGCCGCCUCAUCUUCACCCCAAAGCGAGGAGCUCGUCAAUCUCGAACACUUGGACGUUCACGUGCCGGACGAUGAUGGCGAGAACGGGACAAAGAUUGUACGCCACACCGAUGCCGACGGUAUGCGCUCGGAGGUGAAUAGCGGUGAGCAGCGGAAGGACUCUAGCGCGAGUGAGGAAUCGCUCAAAACUACCUCGGCGGAAAACCGUCUGGAAUCGAGCGAAGCUUCCACGAUCGGUACGGUGUCAUCGACCUUAUCCGAGUCGGACGAAUGGAUGGACGUGAAGGAAUUUUCCGACUCAUCCACCUGGUCGUCUUCAAGCUCUGUGUCCGUCAGCACCUCGACCCAAACACCCUCUUUGGCUCCCUCCACCAGUGGACCAUCGGCCCACGAUGAAGAGGUCGUAUCGGAGAGCAAUAUGAAGCCAUCGAAGCAGGACAAUGCACUCCCAGCCGUGGUUCAGAUUGGCGAUAAGCUCGUGAUUGUGGACCACAAUCAACCGAAACCCAUCACCGUGAUUCAGGUGGAGGAAGUGGAAGGUCUACAACGAGGAGAGGACGACAGCGUGUACGAUCAGGAGAUGUAUACCGAGCGUAGCCUUCCGGCAGCCGUCGAAAGUGGUCGUGAGUCAUCGAAGAAGCUGAAGCUUCAUCAUUCGGCUGAAGUGGAGCAAGAAACACUCUCCACGCAAGCGGAUUCUAGUGCUGCGUACGAAACGGUUUACCAUUCCGGAUCUACCGAGCAGGGUGGCGGUUCUUCGGAGGAGAUCUUCGAGACGCAACUCUACACCGAGGGACCGGAAGAUGCCGCAGUUUCGGCGGAACGGAACGACACACAGCGCGGUGAACCACUGUCGGUGAGCAAGGAAGAGUUUCUUCACAUGGGCGACUCGCAAGAACCGGCAAAGAUUCGACAGGAGGAAGAUCACACGACAAGUGGACCCGUUGCUAGCUCCAGUACAUCGUACAGUAGCACCGAGGAAGGCAGCACCACCAUGUCCGAUCUGCCCGUUUCCUUGAGCUCCGAAGCUUCGGGCGAUGAGAUGAUCUACGAUACGCAUUUUUACACCGAAGGACCGAGCACAUCGUCGGAGGAGCAUGGCCCAACGCUAGGCACGGGCUCGGAAGAGUCCUCAACCGCUGGCAGUACGUACGUGCCGCGUCACCCUAUCCCGGUAGCGGAUGAAUUGGCCCCACCGCGCGAAACCUACAUCGAAGACAACGAACACGAGCUCAUCCAUCCUGGGUUCCAGCCCAUUCCGGAAGAUUUUAGCCUUCCGCAGCUGGAUCAACCGGCAAUGGAGAUGGAAAUGGAGCAUCACGCAGCCGCACCGAAGCAGGAAAAGAUUCUUUCCGAUGUGCUGAACUUGAAGCACAACAUGUCCUCGACCACGGGUCUUCCAGUGGGUAGUGCGGAAUCGACGACCACCUCGGAAGCUUCGAGCCAGGAAGAAACGUCCAACUCCCCAUCGUGGUUGAAAGAAGAUCCCCAACCGCAGCUACGCUCACCGGGCGAACCACUACUAAUUCCCGAGUGGGAGCGAAUGAAUGGUACGAGCGGCGGCAGCAGCAGCAACAGCUCUUCCGAGGAAGAUCUCGAUCAGGAUGCAAGCGGUGGUGGCAAUGAGCCAAGCGAUUUCCAGGUGCUAAAGAUGGGCUCGGAAGAGUACGUAGACGCUGGCAGCGAGGGCAGCGGUUCCGAGCAUCCAACCUCUCCGGCCACCUCGGCCAAGACGUCAAAGGCCGAAGACCGGUCGGAAGAGGACGACGAGCCGGAGGGUAAAGCAAAGGAACCAACUUCGGCGGGGGCAGUGGAAUCGGCCGCCAAUGCUAUUCUCGAUAUCGAUUCUCCCGCGGCGACGAACGCCACCGACGAUCAGUCGGAUAGUGUCAAGCACAAUCCAAAGAACGAUGUGGAGAGUUUGAAGUACGAUGAGGAUGAGAACAAUGCCACCGCCGAGGAGGCCAUCCCCAAGAAGGUGCAGCAGCUUGAGUCCAGCGAGCAGGACGUGACAGCGGGCGGUGUGCAAGCGCCCACGUUGACCAGUGUUUGAUUUUCCCCCGUACCGGUGGAAACAAUAGCAAAAACAAACCCCUCUGGUGCCAGUUUUAACAAGCCCCCUUUCCCCUUUUUAAGCACAGUGACACAGUCCUCGGAAAUGUUAAGCAAGCAGAGCAAUGUGGUGUGGUGUAGGAUAUCAUCUUGGUUAUCUGCAGACGUGCCAUCAUGUUGAAGAUUUCCUCAAAAAUGGCAAUGAUCAGGUUCGAACCACCUCAGAAGAACAGAAGAAAAUGGGACAAACAAACAAACAAACAAAAACUAGCGUAACACGGAGGCUUUCUCAAGGUCUCAUCAUCGGCAUUAGGCAUUCAUGGGAAGGUUCAUGUACAGUCGUUUGAUUGAUUGAUUCAAAAUCCUUACGUUUAUUGACAGCCGAGCAAAUCCGAUGUGCAAAUUAUUUAUUGUUCGCACCGUACACAGGACAUUCCUCCAUUACUCGUUUCAUUUAGUUAAUGCUCGUGGUGGCAUGCAACAGCGGAUCCGGUUUUUGCGAUCCCCAUUGAUAUAUAGUGCGGAUAGGUACAAGGAGAUACUACUGUAGAUACAAACAAAAAAUAGGACGCCGCAUCGUUACCUCUCGGUGGCGGUGAUAAAGGUGUUUGAGCGUCGUCGUCGUCGUAGAGGGGGGGUAGAAAGCCCUGUAGAGCAGCCGGUAUGUGAUAAUGCGCGAUAAAGAAUUGACGAGGGAUGAAGAGGGGCGAGGGAUGUAGAAUGGCAUUAAAAAAUGGCAUUCCCUUGCGCUCUGUUUCUCUGCAAGCCAUACCAUGCCGGUUUUAGUUUACAAACACGCACACACACAAACACACGUAAGACAGACUGUUGUGUUUAGGCACUAGCAAGUACGUAUUUAUUAACUGUCAUGCUAUUUAUAAUACCGUCGGAUCCUCUAUCUUUUCACCUACAAACGCAAAACCAGCCCAUCCCGGCGGCCAUUAUCGCUCGCACAGCUGUGAGUGGAAAGCUCCCUCACAACAGUCUUUAGCAGCAGCAGCAGCAGCAGCUCCUCAAUAAAUGGUGAAGAAGAGCAGAAGCGAAUUUCAUAGAAAUAAGAUAAAAUUUAGGAACGAAUCGUACGUGAAAUCAGCAGUCAUAUCUUAAUCUUAAUAGUACAGUCUCUCUUUGGAGAGAGAGAAUGGAUUGGCAGGGGAGCAUUGCAGUCCUGUUGGUUGAUGAUGGAAGCUACCGUUAACUUGGAGGGACCAUUCAGCUGCAGCAUAGUCCUAGACAUUAGACGAUUUUCAGCGCUGCUGAGAAUGGACAAAUGUGGACAAGGAGGAAAGAAGGAAGCAUUUUUUAUUCUGAAAAAUAAAAUAAAGAAAACAAACAAACAAAUUUUCUGGUACACUACCAACAUAAAACCUAUAACUACAAGUUCAAGUAUAAUAAUUAUCACUAGCACGUAAUCUAGUAUCUUGUUGAGCGGCGGGGGUAGAUGGACGGUAAAUGCAGUAAAUUAGCCUAAGAGCGUUGUAGUCUAGAGCUGGGGAAGGCGUAGCUAGCUAGUGAAAUUAAUAUUAUUCAAACACAAACACACUGUAAAAAAACAAACAAACUAUGAAUGAAUACAUUGCGAAAUGGAAUAAAUAUUUCUACGACAAGGUACGACAAAUCUA